UGAAAAUCAAAUGUUGGACUAUCAAGGAAGGACAGAGCUGCUGAAAGAUGACAUCACCAAUGGAAGUGUUUCCCUGAGAAUACGUGAUAUCCGACCUUCUGACGAGGGCCUGUACGUUUGUUUAUUUCAAUCACUUACCUUUUUUCAAGACGCCUCAGUGCUCCUGCAGGUGGAAGGUUUGGGCUCUGGCCCUGACAUCUCUGUGGAGGGACAUCAGGACGGAGGGAUCAAGGUGGUGUGUCGUUCAUCCAGAUGGUACCCACAGCCCGAGGCUCAGUGGAGAGAUCUUCAGGGGCAGUUCUUACCAUCAGCCUCUGAAAACAUAUCCCAAGCAGCCGGUGGCCUGUUUCAAACAGAGAUUGCCAUUGUUAUAACAGAAGAGUCCAACCAGAAAGUGUCCUGCUGUGUUAGGAACCCGUGUGUCAACCAGGAGAGAGAGUCAGCAAUUUACAUAGCAGAUCUCUUUUUUCCACGGGUCUCUCCCUGGGUGGUGGCUCUGGUAGUGAUCCUGGCUCUUGUGAUUGCCCUGGCCCUCUACUGCAUCUGGACACAACGCAGAGCAAAAGAUCCAGACUAACACGGCUACCCCUCUGAUACUUGUCUCCAGGACUUCUUUCUGAUGACAUGGAACCACACACUGGGUCCAAUGCAAAAUUAGGCAGCGUUCCUGGAACACCUUUGUAUGGCCCUAGCGGAAAGGUAAGUACAAGCAGCAUGCUGAAGCCACUCUGGUCUGAUUCCACAUGGCCAAAGUCUCAGCGUGCACAUGCAUUUAGUUCACGUCAUUAGCUCUGUCAGUGGUGUCUGGCCAGAAACAAUGGCAUGACCAUAUGGAAUCAGACCAGGGGUCUAUCCAAGCCAGGGUCCUGUCUCUGACUGUGGCAAGCAUCAGCUGCUUCAAAAGGAAGGUGCAAGAACUCCAGAAUAACCAGAGAGCAAAGAUUCUCUUGUAGGCAAUGGCAGUAGGGUAAAGAAAAAGCUGAAGUCUUUCUCCUAGUCCUCCAUUGGCUCAGAAGGUC